AAAGAGAAGAAAGAAAGAAAGAGAGAGAGAGAGAAGGGGAGGGAGAGGGAAAAGCCGGAUGACCAGACAGAGAGAGGACAGCAUAAACGAAAUCUUUCAGCGUGAGAAAACAGUUUUGCAUAACGAAAGACCGCGACAGAGAGAGCUGAACGAAAAAGAGACUGGAGAUAAAAGCGUAAAACAACAGGAAGAGCCCCCAGACGAGCGGUCCGACCCCCGUCGCUGUGCAGAGGGAAGCCAUGGCUGGCGCUCUCGGCUGCCUGCUGCUCCUGAGCGGCCUCCCGUGCGUGGUCUCCCUGACUUGUUACACCUGCCUGUUUCCCGCCAUUUCUCCUGUGGACUGUCUGAAGUUCCCCCAGCAGUGUCCUCCAGACCAGCGCUGUCUGUCCAGCACCGCCAUCGGCACGCGCGGAGACUCUAACCCUGUGGUCCUGUAUGAGAAAAGCUGUGCUGUGGCCUCCCAGUGUGGCCUGAGAGGCCAGAAAUACACCAUGGGCCUCAACUUCACCUACAGCAACGAGUGCUGCGACACUGACCUGUGCAACGCUGCCCCCUACAGGCCUGGGGGUCCCACGCUCUACCUCCUUCUCCCCCUGGCUCUCGCUCUGUGGUGAUCUGCCCCUGAGGUCAGACGUCUCCAAAGCUGGAGUCAGCCACCGUGUCUGCUGGCUGGAUUCACAAGUCAUUGAUCGGCUAGAGUCCACACAUACACACACACACGCAUGUACGCGCGCACGCACGCACACAUGCACGCACACACACGCAUGCACACACGCAUGCACACACACAUGCACGCACACACCCUUCUGAAAGGAUGCCAAGUUGCCAAGGGGCUCCCUAUAUGUCCCCUUAAUAACUUUGAGUUGUAAUGUGCUAUCUGUCACUGACUGAACCAAUCAAAACACAGCUCUGCAAGACAGCGCAGUCUGAUUGGUUCACACCAGUAACACACUAAUCGCGUAAUUAAGGCUCCUCAGAAAGUCUUCCUGCUCUGUCAUGACUGAUAUCCGCUGUCAUGACUGAUAUCCCCUGUCAUGACUGAUAUCCACUAUCAUGAUAGAGCAGUGUUUAUAUUCUCCAAAGUCCCUGUCAAAAAACAGGAUUAAACAGAGCAAAAGUUCAUUUUGUGGCCUAAACUUUCGAUAUGAAUGUAUGCUGAUAUUUAAAAAUACUAAGAUGAUUUUCUCACAUUCUUUUUAACAAUAGCUUUUGUAAGCCAAAUCUCAACAUUCUCUCUCCUGUAUUGUUCUGACCAGAAGAAUUAAUGCAAAGUUUUUCAUGCAAUAUUUUAUUGUUGAGCUGUCUAUGAAACAAUUGGCAAGAAAAAAUAAAAAACAUAAAUAAAAUGAUCUCUGACAAA